UGUGUCUGCCUGGGAGGACUCCUGAAAACCAGCACCUGAAGCUGCAUCACAGGCUCCCUGAGGCAGAGACACCACCAAAGUCUGGCAACAUGCACAGGAUGUCUGAAACAACGAGCACCAAUGAGGAGAAUAAACUUCCUUUGAAUGGGAGAAGAGCCAUCCCACCAAACUACUCCAAUGAUGAAGAAAAUGAGGUUCCUGAGAUGGAAGCUUUUGGAUUGAUACCUAGAGGAUUUAAUCCCAGAGAUUACCUGCGUGUUGCGGAUAUUUAUAUGUUCAAGGAGCCUCAGGAGAUCAACAAGAAGGAGCACCACACUGACAAGUACUACAACCCCAAGCUGAUAGUGCGUCGGGGACAGGCUUUCCAAAUCCAGAUUGACUUCAACCGACCCUACCAGCCACAGUCAGACCAAUUCUGGCUCGAGUUUUUGAUGGGUCGCUACCCACAGCAAAACAAAGGCACCUACAUCCCAGUCCCAGUAGGCGGUGCACUAAAACCUGGUCAGUGGGGAGCGAAGAUUAUCCACAGGGAAAACAACUCCGUUCGGCUGUCCAUCAUGUCCUCUGCCACCUGCAUCAUUGGCAAGUUUCGCUUGUAUGUUGCUGUCUUGACUCCCUACGGCAUCCUUCGGACACGCAGGAAUUCAGCGACCGACACCUACAUCUUGUUCAAUCCCUGGUGCCAGCUGGAUGCUGUGUACCUGGAUGACGAGAAAGAAAGGGAAGAAUAUGUCCUGAAUGAUGUUGGUAUUGUAUUCCAUGGAAACGUUGAAGAUGUAAAAUCAAGAAGCUGGAGUUACGGGCAGUUUGAAGAAAACGUUCUGGAUGCUUGCCUGUUCCUGAUGGACAAGGCAGAACUGGAGCUCUCUGGUCGCGGAAACCCAAUCAAAAUCUGCCGUGUUGCCUCAGCAGUGAUUAACUCCAGGGAUGACGACGGUGUGAUUGCUGGAUCCUGGAACAAUUCAUACGAUUAUGGUGUUGCACCUUCAGCCUGGACAGGAAGCGUGGACAUUCUCUUGGAGUACUACAGUUCUAAGCAACCUGUCCGAUAUGGCCAGUGUUGGGUUUUUGCUGGUGUCUUCAACACAUUUCUGAGAUGCUUGGGGAUACCUGCAAGACUCAUUACCAACUAUUCUUCUGCCCAUGAUAACAAUGCAAAUUUACGGAUGGACUUCUUUCUGGAUGACGAAGGAAAAGUGGACACCAGACUUACAAAAGAUUCUGUCUGGAAUUAUCAUUGCUGGAACGAAGCUUGGAUGACCAGACCUGACCUUCCUGUUGGCUUUGGAGGAUGGCAGGUUGUUGAUGGGACACCUCAAGAAACCAGUGAUGGUAUGUACAGGUGUGGUCCAGCCUCAGUUCAAGCCAUUAAACAUGGUCACGUUUGCUUCCAAUUUGAUGCUCCUUUUGUCUAUGCUGAGGUGAAUAGUGACAUUUUCUACACAAGAAUGGAGAAAAAUGGAACCCAGGUGGUAGAAAACAUUGAUACAACCCGUAUUGGGCAGUUGAUUGUGACCAAGGAAGUUGGAGGUGAUGGAAUGAUGGACAUUACUGAGGAGUACAAGUUCCGAGAAGGCUCGGAUGAGGAGAGGCUGGCUCUUGAGACUGCUGUGAUGUAUGGUGUUAAAAAGCAAAGUAUCCAAGAUACCACGUACCAGCCACAGACAGAUGUUGACAUGGACUUCCAAGCGCAAAAGGCAGUCCUUGGCAAUGACUUCAAAGUCACUAUAACUUUCAGGAACAAGAGUCGCAACUCCUACACUGCAACUACCUACUUUUCAGGCAACAUAGUGUUUUAUACAGGAGUCCCAAAAAGUGAAUUCAAGAAACACUCUUUCAGUGCAAAACUGGAACCCUCUUCAUCCAGCUCUUUCGACAUUGUGAUCAAAUCGAGUGAGUACAUGCGCGACCUACUGGAGCAAGCCUCCUUUCAUUUCUUUGUGACUGCGCGGAUCAAUGAGACGGGGAAGAUUCUGGCCGUGCAGAAGGCGGUAAUGCUGGACAUUCCCACCCUGCGGAUCAAGACCAAAGGUGAACUGGUAGCUGGUAAAGAAACGUCUGUGAUUGUGGAAUUCACCAAUCCUCUGAAACAAACCCUGGAGAAUGUCACACUCCGCCUCGAGGGACCUGGCAUGCUGAGAACAAUAAAAAAGCAGUUUGGGAGAAUCCCGAUGAACUCUACAUUGACCUGGGAGGUAAAAUUUACCCCAAUGCGAGCAGGUUUACGGAAGCUGAUUGCAAGCCUGAAUUCUGAUGCUUUGAGGCAUGUGUAUGGUGAGCUGAAUGUCCAGAUUCAGAAACCAUGA